GUGUGUGAGCGAGUGACAUCAUCACGCACGCACAACAGCGAGGGAUGCAUUCACAGGCACCAUCUGACUGAGAGAGACAGCUGCUGUGUCAAAUCGAGUAAGGAUAAGGAAGGCCAAGGCUGGUCAUGGCGUGUAUCAGCUUGAGUAGUGCAGCAUUUACAGCCACCAUUUUCUCGAGCAGAAAACAGCAGCUGUAUAAACUGUAAUAAAAGUGAAAGUCAGCAGCUCCAUUUUGUGACGAGUGAAAAAUAAAAAGAUUUCAGGAGUAAAAACACAAAUGAUGGAGGGAAAGAGAUCAGACUCACCAGAACCCAGCUGUGUGUCCAUGAAGAGUGACUGGUCAAUGGAACAUCCAAAUAACUUCAGAGACAGAGACAAUUCUACUGAUGUGAGACCACAAAAGAAGAAAUCAAACAUCAGCAAAAAUCAGCUGGACUCCAUAUUUGAGGAGCUGGAACACAAAGUCAUCACUCUGAUAAAGAAUGAGCUGAAGAUGUUUAGGAAGCUCCUGAGUCCAGAUUACCCAGCAUGCACUGAGAGGGAGGUGGAGGAUGAGGAGGAUCUGCACAGUGUCAGAGAGGGAGCGCUGAAGAUAACACUGCACGUCCUGAAGAACAUGAACCACACAGAUCUCGCUAACACACUGCACAACAAGUCUGUAGGUUCUGUGUCUCAGCCAAAGUUGAAAUCCAAGCUGAAAGAGAAGUGUGAAAGAAUUAAUGAAGGAAUCUCACAGCCUGGAAGCUCAGCACUUCUGAAUGAGAUCUACACAGAGCUCUACAUCACAGAGGGUUGGAGUGGAGACGUCAAUAAUGAACAUGAAGUGAGACAGAUUGAGACAGCGUCCAGGAGACCAGCAACACAGGAGAAACCCAUCAAAUGUAAUGAUCUCUUUAAAGACAAGUCCAUCAGAACUGUGCUGACUAAAGGAGUUGCUGGAAUUGGAAAAACAGUCUCUGUGCAGAAGUUCAUUCUGGACUGGUCUGAAGGAAAAGCAAAUCAGGACGUCACCUUCAUGUUUCCACUUCCCUUUAGAGAGCUGAAUCUGAUGAAGCAGCAAAAUCUCAGUCUCAUGAAUCUUCUUCAGCAUUUUUUACCAGAAAAAAGAAAAUUAGAAUCAAUAAACUGUGACUCCUACAAAGUGGUGUUGAUCUUUGAUGGUCUGGAUGAGUGUCGACUUCCUCUAAAUUUCCAGAAGAAUGAGAGAUUGUGUGAUGUGACAGCGUCAGCCUCAGUGGAUGUGCUGCUGACGAACCUCAUCAAGGGGAAUCUGCUUCCCUCUGCUCACCUCUGGAUAACCACAAGACCAGGAGCAGCCAAUCAGAUCCCUCCUGAGUGUGUAGACCAGGUAACAGAGAUACGAGGCUUCAGUGAUCCUCAGAAAGAGGAGUACUUCAGGAAGAGGAUCAGUGAUCAGAGCCUGGCCACUAAAAUCAUCAGACACCUGAAGUCUUCAAGAAGCCUCUACAUCAUGUGCCACAUCCCAGUCUUCUGCUGGAUCUCAGCCACUGUUCUAGAGAGAAUGUUGGGUGAAGCAGAGGGUGGAGAGAUCCCCAAGACUCUGACUCAAAUGUUCACACACUUCCUGAUCUUUCAGAUCAAACACAAGGACCAAAAGUACCAUCAGAAAUGUGACCCUGAUCCUCAGCAGACCAGAGAGAGUAUCAUGGCACUGGGAAAACUGGCUUUCCACCAGCUGGAGAAAGGAAACCUGAUCUUCUAUGAGGAAGACCUGAGAGAGUGUGGCAUUGAUGUCAGAGAAGUGACAGUGUACUCAGGAGUGUGUACCCAGAUCUUCAGAGAGGAGUUUGGUCUUCACCUGGAGAAGGUGUUCAGCUUCGUACAUCUGAGUGUUCAGGAGUUUCUGGCUGCUUUAUACAUGUUUCUCUCCUUCAUCAGCAGAAAUGUAACAGAACAUCAAACCUCUGAUCUGUCUGAUCUUUUCAGGAAGUCAAACAUGUCUGAUCUCCUCAGGAGUUCAGUAGACAAGGCCUUACAGAGUGAGAAUGGACACCUGGACCUGUUCCUCCGCUUCCUUCUGGGUCUCUCAUUGGAGUCCAAUCAGACGCUCUUACGAGGCUUAAUGCCACAGACAGGAAGCAGAUCUCACAGCAAACAGGAAACAGUGGAGUACAUCAAGGAGAAGAUCAGGGAGAAUCCAUCUCCAGAGAAAUCCAUCAAUCUGUUCCACUGUCUGAAUGAACUGAAUGAUCAUUCACUAGUGCAGGAAGUACAAACUUACCUGAACAGAGGAGUUUACAGUCGUCUCAUUGGAAAUAGAAUCUCUCCAGCUCAGUGGUCAGCUCUGGUGUUUGUGUUACUAAGCUCAGAACAGGAGCUGGAUGAGUUUUAUUUGUAUAAAUAUGAUCCAUCAGAUGAAGGUCUUCUGAGGCUGCUGCCAGUGGUCAAAGCCUCCAGAGUAGCUGAUCUAAUUGGGUGUAAUCUGACAGAGGAAAGCUGUAGAGUUCUGUCCUCAGUUCUCAGCUCAAACUCCUCCAGUCUGAGAAUUCUGGACCUGACUAACAAUAAACUGCAGGAUUCAGGAGUGAAGCUGCUCUGUGAUGGACUGAAGGAUCAAAACUGUAGACUGCAGAUACUGAGUCUGUGGGACUGUGAUCUGACAGAGGAAAGCUGUAGAGUUCUGUCCCCAGUUCUCAGGUCAAACUCCUGCAGUCUGAGAAAACUGGACCUGAGUUACAAUAAACUGCAGGAUUCAGGAGUGAAGCUGCUCUGUCAUGUACUGAAGGAUCCACACUGUACACUGGAGAUACUUGGGAUGGAGAGCUGCAGUAUUACAUAUGAAGGUUGUGCUGCUCUGGCUUCAGCUCUGAGGUCAAACUCCUCAUCACACCUGAGAGUACUGGAUCUAAAAGAUAAUAAUCCAGGAGAAUCAGGAGCGAAGCUGCUCUCUGAUCUACUGAAGGAUCCACACUGUAAACUGGAGACACUACACAUUUAGCAUAAGACACUCACCAGGUCUGGUGUAGGACAGGCGUCUCUCCUCAGACGUUUUUUCCAGGAUAAAUCAGUUAUGGUGGUAAAGCGUUAGAACACGUCCCACAUUUCCAGCAGUUUGGGAGCUGAAUCAUUCAUAUUCAGAUGUAGAAGAUCCAGAACAAUAACUGAAAGAGAUCAGUGUCACUGUUUCCCUAAUGUUUUUGUCACGGCACAGUUUUGAUUUAUAAAACAUCCCACAGCAGACGGCAAAUCACUAAGCGUUAAAAUUAAUUGUACAAACACGCUUCACUGCUUCAUUAAAAGUGGACAUAAUCCUACAUUAAAAUGACAUUUAAUGUGAAAUUUGAGCUUAAGUCAGGUAGGAAUAAGUUAGUUACACGCUGUUUCUGCUGAUAAAACAACAAAUUUAGGCUACAUAUCAUUGCUGUCGGGUGGAAACCUCGUAUUUUUUAAAUAAUUAUGUGUCAUCAAAAUUGGUAUCAUGGCUUUAUAUAUGGUCAGACAAGUGCAUCAUUAUAUUAACAUUACAGGAUAUAAAGUUUAUUGUAAUCGCUGUUUUUGUUGUUGAAUACAUGUGGACAAUAUGUCAUGAUUUAAAAGGUAAAACAGUACUUAAAACAGUAUUGGCUAGUACAACUACACAGCAAAUAUCUGACAAAGACUCUUUAAAUAAAAAACAUUAGCCUUUAUCAGUGUUGUAAUGUAACGGAGUACAAAUACUUCGUUACUGUACUUAAGUAGAAAUUUCACAUAUCUGUACUUUACUUUGCUAUUUAAAUUUGCCACCUUUCACUUUUACUCGACUACAUUUCCUAGAUAAAAAUGUAUACUUUUAUACUAAGCAUCUUCGUUACUUGUUACUACAAAAUAAAAUCAGAAGGAAUGUGUGUGACUGCAAUAAGGGAGGUUUGGUGAAUCACUGCACCUAGAUUACAUUACACUCCGCACGCUCUACGGAGAAGCACAGGCACGCGCAGCGUGCACGCGCAGUCGGAGCUGGAGGCAUUUAUCUAUAAACGUUAAUCGCAAAGACGGCAACUAACAGAAGUGAAAUGUCACUAUUCUUAUUACCAGAGUUGUAGCAAAAACAAAAUAUUAAUACAAACAAUCCAUUCAAUACUAAAUAAAAAUAACAUUUAUUGA